GAGUAAAAUACAUUUUUUACCGUAUGCCGAGAAUUUGCGAGUACACGUAUUAUUGUAUUCGUCAUUUAAUACAAGACAGUGUGAGACACGCACGCAAGUGCAAACGAAUAUACAAUUUACAACAUGGCUGAACGGCGGAAAAACAGGAAGCGCAAAGACGAUGCGCCAAAUGCGGGUGAUGGAGCUGGAACAGUAGCGGACAAGCCAACGAAAGAGGAGUAUGCAGUAGCAAAAUGGAUACGGGAUAACGUGCCGUCGAAGAAGACAAAAUUCUUGAGCCACAAUGUGGAGUAUUUCACGGGUUCUCGAGCUGUCGGAGCAUUGCUGGAAAACUCUCCUUGGAACAAGAGUCUCUUCGAGACACGGGAACAAGUCACUGAUUUUCUCGAUGCAAUGCUCAGGCAUAAGUUCUUUCACAGAGCCAAAAAGAUCGUUGUUUCUGAGGAAGAAUUGAAUAAAAUCCGGAAUGCUAAGAAAAAAGGCAACAAAGAAAUCAAGGAUGAGAAGAAAUCUCAGGAUAAAGAAAAAGAAGAAUCUAAAGAGGUCCCUAAGGAUUCCGCCACUGAUGGGAAAGAGGGAGGAAAAGAUAAAAAAGAUGAGGAAGAACGGAAAGAACCCAAGAAAAAACCAAAAGUACGUUUGGAAAUGCACAUAGAUCAGUAUUUCGCAGAUUGCAACGACGCGUACGUUUGGAUUUAUGAGCCGAUACCGAUUUAUUAUUGGUUCUUCGGUACACUCGUGGUUCUCGGUGCAAUCGGAGUUUGUCUCUUUCCCCUUUGGCCCUCGACGAUUCGUCACGGUGUCUAUUACUUGAGUGUUGCCGGUGCUGGCUUCUUCGUCUUCAUACUUACGCUGGCAGUCAUAAGGGUCAUAGUAUUUUGUCUCUUGUGGGUUUUGACUCUCGGCAGACAUCAUCUCUGGUUACUGCCGAAUCUCGCCGAGGACGUUGGGUUCUUCGGCUCUUUUUGGCCUCUCUAUCAGUACGAAUAUUGCGGACCGUGCAGCAAUGGAGAUAAAAAAUCAAAUAAGAAGAAGAGACACAAGAAGGAUAAGGAUUCAGAUUGCGAGGACAAUUCAACUCCACAAUCCGGAAGGGAGGAAGAAAGAUCGGAAAGAGAGGAGACAACCACGAGCGAGGAAACUGCAAUAAAGUCGGAGGAGCGAAGAACAGACGCGACGGAAUCGAACGGCGAGGAGGGAAGUGAAGAGGGAAGCGAGAGCGAAAAAUCCAAUACCGGAAGAGACUUUGAGAUGGUUCAACAUAACGAAGUGGACUACAAGUAGAAAAUAAUGACUUCGUAAUACUUGCAGAGCUUUUUUAUUAUCUCUGGGAUCGCGCCUGCCCCAAGAUUUUUGUAUUUAUUUGGUUUCUCAUUACGUCUCGAAAAAUCGAUCUCCCAUAAGGCGACGAAUUUCUUAGCUGGAUUCGAGGCUGCGAAUCAUCGUAAAAGCGCAAUAAAAAAAGAAGCAGACUAUCAAAAACUCACAAUUGUACUUAUUCUUGAGUACUUGAAUGAUUUACAGUUUCGAGAAAGAAUAUUCGGUCGGACCGACGCGUACGCUGCUGAGCAGCCCCUCAACAUUUUUAUAACUCCACAAACAUUUUUGUACACAUGCAAAUUUGAUUUUCAACUCAAUCGUCAAGAAAAUACUUCAAGCAUAAAGUAAUAAACAAGUAAAUGGGAUUUCGAUUCAAGAAAACGAUAAAAUGAUGCAUAAUACGACACAAAUGAUUUUAAAAUUUCAAACCGAGCAUUAAAACCUGAGAUUCGUGCCCUAAAAACGGCAAUGCGAUGCAUAAUACAACACAAAUGAUUUUCGACUUUCAACUCGAUCACACCUGAUUGAAAGAACGACGAAAAAAUGUACAAUCGAUCAAAACUUGACGCACCUCGAAUCAUAAAUUUCGUACAACCUUUACACGAGAAGCUGAUGUGAAUUUUUAGUGAAUUGAAAGCAAAGAAUGGGUCGAAUGGGGGGAGGGGACUUAAUUUUCCAAGUUUUGCAUUUAGAGGCACGGUCGACAAACGAUGGACGAAGAUCGCUUUGUUUCUUUCCUCGUUGAUGGAUCAACGAUUGUUAGUGAAUUACCGUAUUAGCGAAAACAAAUAAAAAUAAAAUAGUUGAUCAUCGUUUCAUCGAUUUGCUCUGUAUUACGAUUUCUAUUGGUUAGAAUUUUCGGUAAUUAUUCGGGCUGUUAACUUCGACCGAAUACAGCGACUUUUUUUCUUCAUCAAUAUCGAUUCGAAUUGAAAACAAUCGUGCAAAAUCGCUCGUCGACCGUUCCGCACGAACAAAGUAAACGGGAGAACUGGCAGGGGGUGUGAAUUUUUUGCUACAUAAGCUCUUUGUCUACAGCCCUUACAGAUUAUAAUUUAUAUUUUUAUGUGACUCCUACUCCAAUAAUAAUUAUAAUGAUUAUUAUUAAAUAUGAAGAAAAAAACUAUAUAUAAAUAAAUAUUAUAUAUUAUAGAGAAUGAAAAGAGAAAAAUGUGGUAGACACCGUGGAAAUAUCGAAGCGAAGGAAAAUAAAUGGAUAUUGGAAAAUAAAAAGGUUUCUCCUCCGAA